AUGCAUGCUGUUGUGUUCAAAGAUGUACAAUUUCUGUCACGUUCUGCAUGUGAAUGGCGUUAUGAUGCCUGUGCAAGCCCAUGUUUCAAAACCUGCAGGGAUCCUUUGGGAAAAAACUGUCAGACAGUACCAAAAGUGGAAGGCUGCAUCCCGGCAUGUCCUCUCAAUAUGUUGUUGGAUGAAGUCACUCAAAGAUGCGUGUAUUUUGAAGACUGCAUUGAACCUGCAGAUGGUACUUCACCUCUGCCUGCCAGCAUUCAAACACCAGCAGUUUCCCACUUAACAUUUAGUACAACUUUGGCAGCCAUCGGUGAAGUGGUAACUUCAUUUCCCUUACGUGCAACAACGGACAUGAAAACAACACUUGCUUCAAAGUUGAAACUCCCUGCAACUACAGAGAAAGCUAAAUUUUCAGCUAUCGCAUCUAAUACAACACUUCUAGCCAUAACUUUAUCAUCAUAUGUUUCUUCACAGCCAAGAGAAAUGACACCAGCUGAGAAGAUAACUACAACAGUGCCUGAGACAGCAAAAUCUAAUGUAAGCUUGUCUUCUCUUGUUGAUGUUUCUCUGUUUCCAUCUCCUGUCACUUCAGAAACCUCCACAAAAAUACAGAUGAUCAGCAGUGGUUCCACUAAGCUUCUGAGGCCUACAGAACCUCUGAUAGUAACUGCUCCACAUGCAGUGUCUAGAAGCCCACAAUUAGAAGGCCAACCAGUUUCUACUUUUACUGGGACACCAAUUACAUUUAAAACAACAGAAUUGCCAGUCAAAACUAAAGUAGUGGAAAUAUCAGAAAUAGCCACAGUGGCACUUCCCACACAGGAAGCACAAGUAAAACUAGAAGGACUUGCAACAUUUACACCCUCUUCAUCUGAAUCAAGAACAGAAAAAACUACUGUGUAUCAGCCCAAGGAUUCCACAUUAUCACCUCUGGGUGUACGUUCAUAUACAUCAUCAGCAAACUUAACAUCAACUUCAGAAAUGACAAAAACAAGCAUAGGCCAGUCUUCUACCACAAUACCUAAUGUUACAGUAACAUCAUUUUCUCCUGUGAUCACUACUUUGUCUUUGCUAAAACCAGUGUCUUCAGAAGUGAAAAAAACAGCAGUUGCUUUAACUGAACAAAGCACUAAGACUAUACUUUCACCAGCAUCCAUGCUGCCUUCAUCAUUAGGAAAGGCAAUUACAGAACUUCCCAUUGAAAAGGUUCACCACCUGACAGAUGCUGUGGGGAUACCUUUCACUACAACUCUAGGUCCAAAGACAACAACUCUGCAAACAACUUUGUUACCUUUUACAACUCAAGAAAAAGAAACUCCUGAAGUAACACCUCAUGUGCAGCAUACAUCUAGCUCCCAUUUCCUUCCAUAUUCACUGCAUCAUAGUUCUACAGUUGGAAAACCCAUCAGUCUUUCUACAGGAAGGCCUUCAGGGUCAGUUCCUACUCCUGCUUCUCCAGCUUUGACUGAAUUAAAAAAAACAUUUAAAACUGUGUCAACUACAGCAUAUCCAUCAUACACAGUUCUAAAUUCAACGGAGUUCUUGACUAUGUUAUACACUAAAUACCCUGUCUUGCCUGAGACUACCAGAAUGCCACCUUCGUUUGUUAAGGUAACUUCUGAAAUAACAUCACCUUUUGAAUUAGAAGCAAAAUCAACUGGAAAAACAUUUACCGAUUACAAGUCACCUCUGGUUUUAAGUACGGUGAAGAAAAGCACUUCAGUGUAUUCAGGUAGCAUUGCCACAUCAGCAAUUAAAACCUUUAUCUCAUCAAAAGAAACUGCUACAGUUCCUUCCAUAUCUACAAAAAGAGAAUCAGCUCAAACAAUGUCCUUCACUGGAUCUCCACAUACUCUCCUUAGUGCGUCUGAAACAACAUUGUUACCAGCACAGCCUGAUGAAUCAGAAGAGGAAAGAAUUACUAGCAUCUCCACUACAAAGACACCUGUUUUUCCUUCUUCACCAUCAAGCUCUCUAAUCUCUUCAAAUAUUUCUCUUCCUUCACUGUCCAUAUAUGAAAAAGAAGCAUCAGUGACAGCUCUCAGUCCUGUGCAUACAUCCCAUGCUGUACUUCCAGUAACAAAGUCUUCUCACACUUUCUCUACCUCUCAGCAUCUAGAAGACCAAUCAGUUUCUUCACCUUCUUUAUCACAAACCUUACUGAGAGUGACAACCACACCAAAAUAUCCAGUACUAGAAACUAAAGUAGCUCCUACUGCAUCACAGUCUACAGUUGAAAGUGUAACGGUUGUGGUAAAACCUGCUACUGCUACAGCUCAGACAUCUUUUGUUCCAUCAACAGGAGAUAAAGUUCCAGCACAGACCACAAAGGCUGCGACUGUACCACAUCUUCCUACUACGAUGGCAAUGGAACUUGCUCAUCAGACAUCUAAGCCUUCCUUGACAAGUAAAAGCAGUAUCUCAAUUUACCAGCAUCCUGAAUCAACUUUAACAAAAUCCACUGAUCAGCCACGAAUUCUAUUAAGCACAACUGAAGCUACAGUAGAAUCAACUUUCUCAUCCUUCUUAACUACCUCACUACCUAAAGGUAUUCAUCCAAAUGUAUUAUCUAUCUCAUUGGACCCUACACGAGUUAUUUUACCAACUGAAAAAGAGUUAAUUUUAACUGAUUCAGUUACACAGCCAUAUGUACCAAGAACUACUGUUUUGCAGUCUACAGUCCCAGCUAGAAAAACAGCUGACAUUAUUUUUGGAACCAGUAUUCUUCCUUCCUCACCAGAAUUACUUGCAACUUCCUCCUCUUCAGCAACCAUUGAAAAAGAUGCCUUUCCUUCUAUUUCCACGGACCAUGGUCUAAAAUCCACAUGGCAGGUCGCAGUUACUGAAUCACUUGUUUCAAGUGAAGCUCCUAAAACAACUACAACUUCAUCUGUUUUAUUACCUGAAACAACAGAAAUUCCCAUCGUGAUGGAAAGUGAGUCAUCCGUAGGUGCCUUUUUAACACCUGCGAUUUCAACAGUAUCCACGUCAAUGGUUAAAACUACUACAGAGAAAACUGUUGUGUUGCCAAAGCAAGUCACACUUUCAACCGCUGCCUACAGUUCCACUUUUCUAGCAACUACAGUGAUUCCAGCUACUGCCCAUUCAUCACACGUAGCUUCAGGCUCUUCAACAAUAAGAGGUACAGGGCAAAGCAUUACUGCUCCAUCAGCAACAUCUGACAAAACAGAAACUGUAACAAAAUCCACCACAACCUCGGUGAAACCCACCUAUUUUUCUGUUUCUUCAAAAUCAAAAGAACUUAUGUUCCCUGAUACGGAAAAAUCAGAAGAGCUGGAUGUCCAACCUGUCCACGCUCAAGAUGUUGCCAUUACCUCAGAAAUACCUCAGAAAUUUUAUUCUCCAUAUUUCACAAACACAACUGCAGCUCCUUCUAAUGUAAGUGUAUUGAUACCAUUCACCAUACAUUCAUCCUCUGAAACAAAACCUUUUUCUUCUGUAGCUGCUGCAUCAUUGGCCACUCAAACUUCCAAGCAUGGAAUAACAUCUGAAGUACAAACACCUUCAGAGAGUUUGCUCUUAAUGAUAUCUGACUACCCAAAUGAUACUACAGCUCCAUCAGUUUCCUCCUUUGCCUAUUUAUCUACCAAACCACUUUAUGGUUUGCCUACAACAAUUGCUGAUGGAUUGGCGACAGCUGAAGCCAUGCCAGGAGUCAUGCAGCCAGCUUCAGUGCUGCCUACAGAAACAGCAGCUCUCCAAACCUGUACACCACUCACAGAGAAUGAGUGCAUAAAAUACAUUUGCUUGGAUGGACAACUGAUUCAAGUUAAUAAGUCGCAGAACUGCCCAUACAAUGCAACUCAACCUAGCUGUGGAAUUUUAGGAUACGCUGUUCAGAUAAAUGGGGACAAAUGCUGUCCAAAGUGGGAAUGUGCAUGUCGUUGCACAAUUUUUUCUGAUCUGAGUGUUGUAACAUAUGAUGGAAAUCGUUUGGCUUUAUUCAAAGAAGCAUCAUACAUUGUUAGUCAAACUCAAGAUGAAACUAUAGCCAUCCAUGUCCUUGAUUGUAGAACGAAUAAUUCAAAUUCCACUUCCUUGUGCCUGGCAAUGUUGAAUUUAACCUAUGUAUCAAACCAAAUUAUUAUCAAUCGUUUAAGUAGAAAAAUAACAGUAAAUUCAAGAUUUGCUUGGCCUACUGUUAGAAAAUAUGGAUACAAAGUAGAGGAUUCAGGCUUCAUGUAUGCAGUUGAGACCCCAACAAAAAUCAAAAUUCAGUGGUUUCACAACACGGGUGUGAUGAUUAUAGAGUUUAAUACUACUAGAGAACCAAAAGCUUUGGGACUAUGUGGUUUUUGUGAUAGAAGCUUGGAAAAUGACCUGAUGCUACCCAACAUGACAGUGUUAAGCAAAAGUGAUGCUCCAUCAACAUUUAUAGACAGCUGGCAAGUGCCAGACACAUUAAAGUAUGUUGGAGAAGACAGGCAUCAGGAAACUAAUUGUUCAGUCAUGGACUGCUCAGAGUGCUUAAGACUGGUGUUGAACCAGACCUUCAGCAGCUGUCAUCCUUAUGUUCCACCUGAGAUAUUCUGUGAUAUCUGGGUUCAAGAUACUGAGUACAUUCAAAACCCAUGUGUCUCACUAGCUGCCUAUGUGGCAAUGUGCAACAAAUUUAAUAUCUGUAUAGAAUGGAGGAGCAACGAUUACUGCCCCUUUGCCUGCUCUGAAAACUUCUCCUAUCAGGCAUGUAUAGCUGCCUGUGAGGUUGCAGAGAGUUGUCAGAAUAACGAGGUUGCUGCUUUGGACUCAGACACCUGCUUGGUGUUGACAGAAGGCUGUGUCUGUGCUGGAGGGACCAUCCUUCACCGAGCUCACAAUGCUGUCUGUAUUCCUGAAGAAAAAUGUGCUUGUACAGACAGCUCAGGAGCACCUCAUGCAGUAGGUGACAUCUGGAAAACAUCUUUGAGUGGAUGCUGCAUGGAAAAAUGUGUUGACACUGAGACUGUUAUUCCAGUGGAGUACAGCUGUUCCGAUAGCCACAAUUUUGACUGUCAGCGAUUUGCAGAAGUGGUCUUGCUUGUUCCUGAUGAUCAGACAUGUUGUCCUCAGAAGAUCUGUAUUUGUAAUCAGAGCCUAUGUGAACCCCUAAUCCCAGAGUGUAAUGGCUUGGAAAAACUGGUCACUUACUACAAUGAAGAAUCCUGUUGUCCCAACUACGUUUGCGAAUGUGAUCCAGCAAAAUGUGAACCAAUGGAGCACAUGCCAAGCUGUCAAGAGGAUCAAACACUUAUUGCUGCUCGAGUGGAGAGUACAUGCUGCAUAUCCUAUAUAUGUGCAUGUGGGGCUUGCUCUGAUGAAAUACCCAAAUGUCAAGAAGGAGAAGUUCUUAUUGUGAAUGACAACACUACAGAAAGGUGUUGCCCUACCUACCAGUGUAUUUGUGAAAUACAUCGUUGUCCUGAAUUCAAAUGCAUGCUAGGCAUGUCUUUGGUGGAGGUAUGGAGCCCAGAGAAGUGCUGCCCCUUUCGGACAUGUGAAUGCUCAUGUGAAACGAUCCCCAAACCUCAGUGCAAACUGGGACAGAAACUUCAGAUAGAUGAACAGUUUCAGAACAGUUCAGAAAAUAUAUGUAACUGUGUUAAAUACAAAUGUGUGAGAGACAAAGUUUGCCUGAGUAAUGAGAGAGGUGUGCUGCUGCCUGGACAGACAAUUGUGGAACACAGUCUAGAUGGCAUUUGCCAUAUUUCUUACUGUACAAAUGUGAUUGAUCCUUCCACUAAAUACUACAGAAUAAACACUUCUUCAGUAGCCUGUGCUGUCAAGUGCAAAGCUAAUCAAGUCUAUCAACCUCCAAAGGAUUUAACAACUUGCUGUGGUAGCUGUAAGAACAUAUCAUGUCUCCACACUUUCAACAACGGCACAGUUUCCAAUUUUAAGCCUGGUACUACUUGGAUUUCAAACUGCAUGAGAUAUGAAUGCUUAAAUACAGCAAUUGGAUCGGUUCUGGUUGCAUCUUCAGUUGGCUGCCCACCCUUUAAUGAAACCGAAUGUGUAAAGGUUGGAGGCUAUGUUGUACCAUUCUUGGAAGGAUGUUGCAAAACAUGUAAGGAAGAUGGAAAAUUCUGUAAAAAGGUGACUGUUAGGAUGACUAUCCGCAAGAAUGACUGCAGGAGUAAUACACCAGUGAACAUUGUUUCAUGUGAUGGAAAGUGCCCGUCCGCAAGUAUAUAUAACUACAACAUCAACACAUAUGCAAGAUUCUGCAAAUGCUGCAGGGAGCUUGGACUACAGAGACGAACUGUGCAAUUGUAUUGCACUAGUAAUUCAACCUGGGUCAGCUAUUCAAUCCAAGAGCCUACAGACUGUUCUUGCCAGUGGUCUUAAGAAUAAAUAAAUACAAGGAAAGUAAACAGUCCAGCUGCUGCUAGCAUAAGAUAAUUUGAAUGUCUGUAAAAAAUUUACCAGCUUAAUGUUAAAAGAUAAAGGAACAAAAAUAUUUUUGGACUUUCCUCUAUUUCUAAAGAAUGGGUUUGCAUCAUUUGUGUUUGGAUUUGUCUUCACUUCACAGGCAUUAUUUUAAGAGUUCUUGUAAUAUGUGCCAACUUAAAAGGUGAUUUAUAUUUGAAACACCUCAAGGGAAAGAACACCACCUAUUUUGUUCUCUGAGGCUGACCCAGUGUUCUGAGGCACCCAUUCCUGUAUUAAGUCAUUGAUACAUGGGUGUAUCUAGCAGCAGUCUACUAUUUUGAAUGCAUUGCAAUGCUGCAAAUACAUUCAGUAUCUACUAAGAAAAAAUGUUUGGACAAUAUGAGAAUUUUUCAGUUCAAAUAAUCUUCCUAAUGAAAAUUAGAGUAUGAAUGGGAAAUGAAGAUACAGAUAUUAUUUUUUAAUCAGGGAAAAAUUCUUGCUAUUAAUAACAGUAUGUAAUAUUCCCUGGUAAUAAUUUCAAUAUUUUGUAGUGCAUUUUAUAUUGUAGUAAAAAGUAGUAUGGCCAACAUGCAAUGUAUAGCACAGACAGACUGUUUUAGGUUAGUCAUCAGUAGUAACGUUUUCUUUUAUCUAAACAAUAUGACAUAAACUGAAAAUACAGAGAUUGAACAAAUAAAAACAAUUUUACAUUCAUUUACAUAGCUAAUACUUUAAAUGAAAAUAGGCAUCUUAUAAAACAUUUACAAUAUUUCUUUAACAGAAUGUACUGUGUUUUACACCAAUAUUAAAGAUGUGAAAAUUCAUUAGGAAAUUAAAAAGUAGGAUUAUUAGUCUGUCUAAAAGAAAAAUGUAAGUAGAAAUACUUUGUCAUCAAUAUAUGUCAAGUGUUUGAUAUUGAAAAUGUACAAUUAUAAGACUUGGAAUUUCAAAAGCAAUUCUGUUGAUGAAUUUGAACAAUUAACAUUUUGUUGUAACAAACUACUCUUUUUUUUUUUUUCCUCUAAGCUAAUGUUAUUGACCUGUUCCUGACUAAUUCCUGACUAAUGCCACCAAGAUGCUGCAAAAAUUUAGUUGUUUUAGUUUUGUAGAUCAAGCAGUAGAUAGCACAGUGAUAUGCUUAAAAUUAGAAAAUAUAAAAAUGGAUCUCAGCAUAACUUGUUAGAAAGCUGCUUGUGUAGUUAAUCCAAAGAAAAAUGGGUUGUCAAAACCAGCUGUGAACAGUUUUGAUAUUAAUUUUUAUACUGUACAUUUCAUUCUUACAAUAUCUAAUAAACAACAAGGAGUCUUAUUUUGUUACAAUUAAUUUUGCUGUUGUUGAAGUACCUUACUAUGUGAUUCAACAUGCGAUGUUUACUGAUUUGUUUUUCAGCAGUGCAUAUGCUUCAGAAAACUACAAACUGAGGAGAAGGAAAAUGCUGUUUAUGGGAUGCUGGGCCAAGUCUUCAGUUGCCUAUAAUUCAAAAUUGCGAAGAUGAACUUCAGCCACUCUUUAUACCAACUGGCAGAUGUCAUCUUAGAGGGUAGGAAUUAAAAGAAAGCUGCUUCUUUUGCUCUCAAGCAAGGCAUUUCUCAGUGCAAAGUGCCAACCACCAAAAUAAGAGACUGAACAAAACAGGAAUUAGUCUAACCAACAUGCUUCCAUGGGCCCUUCUCUUACUGCUCAAGCUAACGGUAAAGUGCUUGUUGCUUCCAGCACAAGGCAGUUACUUUGAAAGGCAUUUGAGAGGCAGACAUUUCUCUGCUGCUUUUAAGAGCAAGUAAAUACUGGCUUGUAUCAGCAAAAGUAGGAAGUAGAGCGUGGUGUCCAGAAACCAUAACCAAACACUGAUUUGUUUCCACUUCAGGAAUGAAAUAAUUAACAUUGUGUUAAGUCCCUACAUCUGGAUUUGUAAACAUUAGGCUUAUGCUGAGAGAAACAGGAGGAAGAUCCAUACUGCUUAUGGCAUGACAAAGGAAGCCCCUUUACCCCUUGAUUAGCGUUAAAUUCCUUCACAGAUGCUUAGCCUGUCUGUCUGUGGUUAGUUCAAAGCAAUCCAAACCCUUCACGUGUAUUUACCUUACUUGGUGUUUGCACAAAGCAACUCAGCUGGAAAAAGAUUUGACUUUAUUUGUACUUCAGUAAAGGCAACCCUAACUGAGCAAGGAGUUUAUCUGACCCUCACUAUAUUGCCUUUUGGUUAUGUAGAUUAAGUAGCCAAGGUAGGCAGCAUUGAAGCUGUGCUCUUGAAGAUAAAUGCAUUCUACCAUAAUGGUGUUAACUCCUGUUUUUUAGUAGUGCAGGAGGGCCCCAGCACCCUGAGGACUGGGCUGCCUCAGCUGUGUGCAACUGCUUAGCUGUGUCAGGAAGGGUGUGAGAAGUUCCACCUGCAUCUCCUGGGCUCUCAAUGCAAAAGGUGCCCUGCUUUCCAGGCUAACCACACCUGCCACUUCUGGCUGCCUUGCUUCUGGGAGCCAUAUGUUGGUACUAAGUAGUUCUCCAGUGAGGGGCACAGUACCUCAGAAGUUAACAAACAAACCAGAAUUUGGGUGCUACUUCUGAAGAUACUGGGUUAUUUUGGAGGGCCACUUCAGCUAGGACAGGAGUGGAGUUGAAGGCUAGAGCAUAACAUGCUGCCAUGGGGAAGGAAGGAAAGUUUAACCAGCAUAAAGCAGGAGAACAUGUUUGUGUUGCUCUUGUGGACUCACUACAUUUCUGAAAGAUGGGCACUGGUGGUCACAGCCUGGAAGGGGUUAAGGUGCAGUCCGAGGCAGGUGAGGGAGCUGAGGCUGAUGAGCUACAGCUGGAUCCUCUUUGUGUCCCCACAGAAAGGCUGGAGAUAAGUAGGUGCUAUGGGGGUGAAGCAAAAGGAGCAUG